AAAAACGAGCACGGAGCCUUUUUUCAGCAUAAACAAACAUGAAGGCAGGGGGAGAAUACUUUGACCGGCCUGACUGAAGACAUGAGACAACCUUUACUCCUUAUCAGUCUGUCUCUGGCAGUCCUCCUGUCUGCCAAUGUGCUGGCUCAGGACCAGAUCCAGAUCCAGUUCCAGACAGAUCCAGUACUGGUCCAAACUGGUGCUGAGAUCGUGUUCACGGUGCUGACAGUGUCCCGGGUGUUCUCCAUGGAAUGGCAGUACCAAGGAGGAGUCACUCUGGGUGUGUGGAGUGGAGGAUCCCCAUCUAUUAAUCCCGUGGCCCAGUUCGAGGGUCGGGUCACCAUCACUGCCACCCAGCUCCGAAUCGUAGGCGCCCAGCUCCGAGAUGCAGGGAACUACACGGUGGUGGUGACCCCCCUCGCUACAACAGGCCUGACCACUAACUCCAGAUCAAUACAGCUGAGGGUGUUUGACGCGGUGUCUGGGGUAAGUCUGUUUGUUCCCACGGUGGCGGUGGAGGGGAGAAAUGUGUCUCUGAGGUGUACGUGGACGUCUGGGACAGAGGUUACUGUCCAGUGGGGCAAAGAAGGUGCAGCCAUCAUUGCCGACUCCAGGAUCACCAUCUCCGAUGGCUCUCUGGUGAUCAACCCAGCCAGACGCGGUGAUGCUGGGGAGUACACAUGUACCGUCAGCAACCCCGUCAGCGCCCAAACUGCCAGACAGAGCCUCACUGUCUACUAUGGCCCUGACACCCCCGUGCUGACCAAGGACACCUCACAAGAGUGCGUCGGGGGAGGAGAUGUGCUGGUCGGACAGACGGUGCGUCUCACCUGUAUGUCUGACUCGCUGCCCCCUGCCCUCUUCACAUGGCAACGUGAUGGACAGACGGUCGCAUCUGGCCAGCCGGACAGUGGGGUGCUCAGCCUUCAGACAUUCUCCACGAACGAGAGCGGCCGCUACGUCUGCACGGCCAGAAACAGCAUCACUGGAGGCACGUCUGAGCAGGGGACAGACUUGGCCAUUGUAGACACAUGUCUAAAUGUAGGGGAAGUGGUGGGGAUUGUGAUUGGCUCUUUGCUGCUGCUGCUAAUCAUCAUCCUCCUCAUCGUGCUCAUUGUCUUCCUCGUGCGUAGGAGGGGACGACGGAGACAACAUGACAGGACUGUGCUUGUGCAGAAGUCAAACCCAAAUCCCAGGCCUAUACCUCCGGAUCCACAACCUAAUGGUGCAAGGGAUUUGGGCCAAGGUCCCCACCCCCCCCUCUAUCACUUGAACACACACACACGCCACCACGACCGCUUAUACACAGCUCCACGUGAAAGCCCCGGCAACCCGCAGACACUGGCGCUGAACGGGCUGCAUAACUCCAACACACACCAACACAAUGGUCCCACCCACACAAAUGGACUCCUACACAAUGCCCCUCAGAACGCCAAUGGAUACCCACACAAUGGCCAUGACAACAGGGCUUUCACACACACUGAUGCUCAGAUUGCAAACACGCUCCCGAACACACAGCAGCAGAAUCCUAACGUUCUAAUACAGACUGGCACUGCCCAGGGCGGCGUCCAGCCGCCAGCGGUCCAUGUCAACCUCAACACGUUGCCGCAAUCAGCACAACAAAACAGCAAUGCACAAAUGCCAACCAUUCAUGUCAAUCUUAACUCGUACCCAACCAAUGGCCAACAGACUCAGCAAGACAGCUCUUUUCCUCUCACCAAUACAGCCAGUAAUAAUGCUUCACAAACCCAACAAAACCUGACACAAACUGCACAGUCAAAUCCCAGAAUACAAAGCGAGCAGUCCUAUCCCAGUGACCCCCGAUUGAAUGGUCGUGUAGAACAAGGUCUACUAGAUCAGCUUGGACUUAUCCCGACUGGAUACACGCAUUAUAACAAUAAUCACAUUUCUCAGCGAAACGCCAACACACAGACAUACCAGCGGGAGCCAGAGCCUCAACGCCGGCCCGACAGAAACUCCUGGGAUCUCCUCCGAGGGACACCAGCGUAUCCUAACGGCACUCCUCAAAGAGGACACACAUCAUCAGAGUAUACCUCUGACACCACAGACUACACUACCCAUCCUCCCAUACGAGAGCCAAGAGCAGCAAACAGAUCUCAGCCACGACCUGAGAGCAGAACCACCUCCCGCAGCAGAGCUCCGAGCAGACGGGAUACACCAUCGGUGGACAGACAGACACGGAGCCGUUCAGCUGAUCUUCGCGGCCCAAACACUCGUAGUGUAACACAGUUUGAGGCUGAACGGCACACACAGAGGAGCCACCACACACAAAGGAAAAGUGCUCAGCGAGACAUCAGUGGUUUGCCUCAUAGCCAGACUGCCCCCAGGCAGGAAGCCACACACAGAAAUAACCCCCAGGCGCUGCCUCUCAUGAGCCAGGAGGCUUCUGUAGGCCGCUCUGCUGUGUCACAAGGACCGGUGAAACAACAGGGUAUGACUGCACCGCGGGGUGCGGAUUCAAGAGCUUUGGCUGAUCCUAAUCACCUUCCACAGGCACACAUGGCCCAGCAACACAGAGCAGUACCGAUCCAAACACCACCACAAGGUCUGGGCAAACAGACACAGCCUGUCAUAAAUGGUGCCAAUCAACCUCGCCAAGGAGGCACUGCUCCAGUCCCACACUCUCCUGCCCAGCAUAAUCCCAGUAACCUAACCCAGGCUGCACUUGAAGCCCACACUGAGAGGGCUCAAACAUUUCAGAAUCGGAGACAGCAGACCCAGGCCGCCCUGCUCCAGCCCGGACCACAGGCACGUGUUCCACCAACUCCUCCUCCUGCCAUUCCCCUCACAACGUUUCAGACCCUCCCCAAGAAACACACCCAGCACAAAUCCCCAAUUAGGGGUCCUCAGCCCCCCAGACCUCCUGUUAACAUACCUGUGGCUCAACGACCCCGACAACAGCGGCACGCCAACCAUCAUCACCAUCCUGGAAACGGCCACUUGCAUGUCAGUGCACAGAGGCAUGCUCGUGGCCACGGGCACCCUGCCCACGUCACCCACCCGCAGCAGCAUCAGGCUCACAGAGGGAGACCGAGAUGAUGACAGAUGUCAGCAGACUACACUCUGCAACUGUCCCGCAUCCACUGACACAAACAAACAGCUGACAGACGUGAUCCAAUAUACCACCGAGUGAGACUGACUGCACAAGGUUCUGCUCUCAAAAAAGCUGUCAUACCCUGGAAUCUCAGUCAAAAAGUCAGAUUUUAUUUGAAAGAAAUGAGCAUGUCUCCCAUGGGAAUGAUGAAUGUAACUUUUCAGAAAUCAGUCCUGCAUUCUUAGAAAGAAAUGACAAAAUUAUGUCAGAAAAGAGGCUUGAUUUGCUCUCUUUAAAAAGUACUGAAUUUAACAAGCUAAAUGAUACUAAAGGAUUUUUCGAUAAAAAGUUCCCUACAUCAACAACCUCUCUCUUCACACACACACACACACACACACACACACACACACACACACACACACACACGCAUAUUGUACAAUUUUACUUCUGAAGCACUGGUCAUGCAUCAAACUUUGCCAAGAGCCUGCUCAGAGUCGACAAGUUCAGUGAUCCAUAGCUCUUGACCAAGCCCACAUCCCCUAAUCCAUUCAUCAUCAAAACUAAACAACACUACCUUGACAAAACGCCCUUGAUGUCCCUGCAUGACUAUCUGUGUCUGAUCUAAUAGACAAUAAAUGAGAAGGGACUCGGCCUCUGGGAGCAGUGACAAUUAUAAAAGAAGAAAUUAGCCGUAGGGGUGGUCUUCAUGUACAUCGAACUAUUUAUUUUGCGCCUUCUGUUUACACAUGCCUCUUAUGACACUACUCAAUUAAGGGGAUUCGCCUCAGCGACGCUCAGAAGUAAUGCUCAGCUAACUAUGAAGGGGAUCCCACAAAUGGAUGGGCGCUUAUUAAUUAAAUGCUUUUAUGUGACUUAAAUGACUUGGAAAAUAAUCACACCCGUGCAUGAAUGAGGUCAGCACAAAGACUCCAGCUGCCAUGCUUUCUGCUGAAAAAGCACAAUGUAACAAUUUACUGUCUGCACUGGGUCACAAACGGCACGACUGAUGAGAUGUCAUUAUUACUUUUAUUACUAUAGCUUAAGUAUUUAUUGAUUUAUAAUGUCGUUGAUUUUUUGUUUUUUAACUCAGGGCACAGAAAAAAAUAAUUAUUUAUGUUGCACCAGUAGGUAUAAAUAUUAUCCAGGAAAAGAAAUUAUCAAAUUAAUUUGGAUGUUUGGUGAUAUUCUGUAUUUCUCUUAUUGUCAACAAAUCCUUAAUUCUAAAUAUUUUACUAUAAAAGUAUUUUCUGUGCAGCCAAAAUGUAAUAUCUUAUUCCUCUGUGCCGUUCGUUAUCCAAAAAAGUAAAACACACAUCAAUGAGCCUCACAGUCGCACAAGGUGACACAGUCCAUCAUUACUGUAAACAUGGGCACUGUAGUUUAUCUCUCCCACUGCUGUAAAUUCUUACUAGAGCACCAAAUAUGUAUUAAUCCCCAUCUGAAAUCGUCUUGAACAUAAUGCAGUAUUUACAGCCGUAUAAGCAACAUUUGCUAAAAGCUGCAGUCCAGCUGUUGCAAGAAAUCACUUCGCCUUUUGUUAAACAAACAAACAAAAAAAUCCAACAAUUUAUUCUCAACCUCUUUAAAUAUUUACAUCUUUAGGAGCAACAAAUGGGCUGAGAACCAGAGAUGUGCCUAAAUCCUAAUACAUUUUACAGGAAAGCACAGAUAGUGUGGUAAUUCUACCCGAAGUUGCUCAAAUGUAUUCACGAAAAAAGCCAUGAGUGACAUGUCUGUUUAUGUUUCUUGAAAUUGAUUCAUAUCAUGAUGGAUGACCACAAGAUAAAAAUACCCUGUCUGUCUGCAGCAUAGGGCUUUUAUUUUAAAAACUAGUCAUUACGUUUGCUACAUAUUACUAAAAAAAUAUGGCUAUUCUGUAGUUGCCCUGUCAUAGCAAGGAGAGGGCUAAGAGUGAUAUACUAGUGAUGUGUGGGUCAGGAUUUUUUAAGACCAACUCAUUAGGAGCCAACUUCAUGCAUUAUAGCAUCCAAAUUGUCAGGACUGA